AUGGUCAGUGUUGUUUGCAAUGGCCAUUUCGUCAAGCUGGCGGCCCUCCAGGAUGCGGCUCGCGCGCCCUCGCUAGCUCCGCGCGCAACACGUCACGUCGCUACUAUUACAGAGUUGUGCAAUAGCGAGGAGGUGCCAGAGGUAGAGAUCGUUAGUCUUCUUCAAGAACAUAUUCCAAAAUAUCGCCUUAGAGCUGACAGUCUCACACAAUUUGGAGCUGGCGUAAACCGAUACGAGAAUCAAGAUUGGUUUAUCCCGUCGCCUGCGCUGCCUGUCAACCCAGAGGACCUAGCCCUGACGCCUGACCAGAUCAGGGAGACGCUCAAUUACUUUCAUAAGAAUACUGUUCUGCGUAACGUUCGUUGCGGCAAGCGGCGUGCCAGUCUCGGCAGUGCGGCCAGAGCGCGUGCGCGGCGCCUCCGCACCAACACCAGUGACGGUCGCGCCGGUAGCCACGCGACACGCGUGCUCACCCUUUCGGCGAUCAAUACUGCGAUUCGCGACACCCGCCAGCGCUCCGCGCACCUUCCCUUGUGCGACACGCCAAUCGAGCUGCGCCGACCAUCUCUACUUUUAGCGUACACAACGGUGCACCGCUGCAUCGUUGCACUGGCUCAUUUACCGCAACCGUCCUUUUAUCCUAGUAAUCUUGCGUUCCUGAACAGUUCCGUCGCGGUCGUGACCUCAUUUGCUUGCGGGCGGAGCCGAUGUUCGCGGCUCAGGCGCGUCACGGCGGAGGGCGGUGCGGCCACGGGCGCGGGGUGCGCGGGAGGCUCGCGCGCCUCGCCGCCGCCCGGCUUCGAUCGCGAGCUCUUCCAAGAGUUGAGCUUCCUAUCCGACGCGGAACUCCAAGAGUGUCUCGGCGAGUAUCCUGACUUCCUGUACCAUCUGGCUCGGGACAGGUUCGGCCGACUCUACUUUCGCGUUAUACGGACUUUACUCCUUGACCGAGUUCUAUGCAGCAACAGGGUGAGCCAAAUGACAAAAACCUACAAUGACAUCGAAGCGGUAACACGGCUCUUAGAAGAAAAAGAAAAAGAUUUAGAGCUGACGGCGCGUAUCGGCAAAGAGCUAUUGGCGGCGAACGGACGACUCGAGUCUCGAGUGACGGCGCUCGAGGGCGAGCUUCGCGGAACGCGCGACCAUAUCACUCAGCUGCGACACGAGCUCAGCGCCAAGAGUGAUCUGCUGCAGAUUUUAACCAAUGACACAGAAGAGGGUUCACCCACAGAGGAGCAGGAGGCGGCGACGGCGGCAGCUCUGAAGCGACGCACUGGCGCCCUGGAGCGGGAGAACCGUGCGCUCAGGGAGGAGGCCUCGCGCCUCGCCGCCGGCGCGGACUCCGCCGAGCAGGCUGAGCGGCAGUUGCUCAGAGAUAUCGCUGCUCAGUUAUCGAGUGCAAACUCAGAAGCAAAUGUAUUGGGAGCGGAGCUCUCGGAGGAGCGGCAGCGCGCGUCGGACCUGCAGCAUCAGCUCGAUAGCGCCAAUGCUAGACUCACGGUCACCGAGAGGAACUUACAGCAGUUGACAGCUGAACACGAACAUACGCUACGAGUUUUAGAAAUCACUAAAGAUAACCAAAAUGCUCUCGCUGCAGAGUUGGCCGAUGCGAAGGAGCGGUACGCCGAAGUGGCCGCUCUACUCGCCGAGGCGCAGGAGCAGCUGCGCGCGGCGCGGCGGCGCGGCGAGGCGACGCGCGGCCUCAUGCCGUCCGUGGCGGCGGCGGCCGGCCUGCUGCCCGCCAGCCUGCACCGCGAGAUGCACUCCUCCGUCUACUCCGAGCUCAGUCUCGACUCGGGCAUUGGGGAUCCGAUUGCGCACUCAAGCAUGCAGAAAGUGUUCGAGACGGUGCAGUGCGCGUCUCGCUGGUCGGGCGCGUCGCUGGCGGGCUCCGACUCGGACGCGUCCGCCGCGUACAAGCCGCCGCCCAAACCUGUCCUGUCCGACUCAUUCCUCGAAGACGUGUCUGAUACAGAGUCGGAGGAUUUGUACCCGGGUAACACGGGUGUGGGCGUGCCCGGCGCGCCCGGCGCGGCCGAGCUAGCGGCGGCUCUCAGGCGACUCACGCCGCAAGAGAUCAACUCGAGACGCGCCUCCUUGGCAGCUUCACAUGUACUUAGGCAUAAGAAAAGGAAUGAGAGAGACGUAAGCGAGGAGAGCGCGGUGUGGGGCGCGGGGGCGGCGGGCGGCAUUACGCGGUUCCGGACGCCACACAAGCUGCAGAUAGUCAAACCUAUGGAGGGCUCGCUCACACUACACACUUGGGCACAGCUUGCUAAGCCAACCAUGUCGGGUUUACUGGAAGAUCAAGAAGGUGUGGGCGUGCGAGGUUCUAGGUCGGCACAAGCAUUAGGCAUGCGAAUCUAUAGGUUAUCAGAUGUGGAAGAAGAUGACGACAUGCUUCGAUUGCCACAUUCCAGUCACAUCUAUACGUUUACUAACAGCACCGUCUUACAUCCAAACGAUGGCAGCCUCGUAGGUAGCAGCGUGAGCAGCGUGUGCAGCAGCGGCAUGAGCAGCCUGUCCAGCAGCGUGUUCGGCAGCGCGUGGAGCUCGCGCCUCACCUCGCGCCGCUCCUCCGCCGCCGUGUCGCCCGUGCUCUCGCGCCGAGACUCGCUCUGCGCGCCGCCCUCGCGCCCGCACUUCACGCCCACCGCCACGCCAGCCAACAGCCCGCUGCUGGGCUCGCCCGACGCGUCGCCGCCGCCCACGCCGCGCCCCGGCGACGCGCCGCCCUCGCUGCACGCGCUGAUCGCCAGCGGCACCUCCAUCCUGCGCCGCCGCUACCUCACCUCGCCCGCCUCCGACGGCUCGCCCGCGCCCCUCGCGUUGCAGACACCCGGCUCCCUCUACACCGGCCUCGUCCACCGCAGCCCAAUGGAGCAGCUCACCUGCCUCAAGCGCACGCUCCGGUCGCCGGCCGCGGUGCCGCCCGAGAGGAGCGUCGCCGAGUCGCCUCUGGGAGUCCCCGCUCAGCCGGGACAAGGCGCGCUUGACGUGGCGACGUCCUCGGCCGGGGUCAACGGGUCGAGCGCGGCGCGACGCGCGCGGACGAGGGCGCCACGACCACGCACCGACCUCGGCACGGUGGGCGCGGUGCCGAUCACGUGUCCGCCCACGCAGUCGACGCCACUGGGCACUCUCAGCACCUUUCUCUUCGGCCGGAAAGGUGGCCUGCUG